AUGAGUCUUCACGCAACUGCGGACAUUAACCACAUCGAGGCUCCAGUUACCUGGAAAGCCUACUUGUUGUGUGCCUUCGCCUCCUUUGGUGGUAUCUACUUUGGAUACGAUUCGGGCUAUAUCAACGGUGUCAAUGGCAUUAAAAAUUUCGUUGAACUGAUCGACCCAGGCCAGAGUAGUCUCACCUCUUCACACUCGUCCCUCAUUGUUUCUAUCCUCUCUGCUGGUACUUUCUUCGGUGCUCUGAUUGCCGGUGACAUCGCUGAGGCUACUGGCCGUAAGUGGACUGUCAUUUAUGGCUGCGUCAUCUACGCCAUUGGAAUUGUCAUUCAGACGCUCACUGGUGUUGGUGGUAAUGCUCUCGGUAUCAUUGUUGCUGGCCGUCUCAUUGCCGGCUUUGGAGUCGGAUUCGAAUCGGCCAUUGUGAUUUUAUACAUGAGUGAAAUUUGCCCCAAGGCAGUACGAGGAGCCCUGGUGGCCUGCUAUCAGUUCUGCGUCACCAUUGGCCUCAUGCUGGCGUCUUGUGUCGUAUACGGCACUGAACACCGCAAUGACACGGGUUCUUAUCGAAUCCCAAUCGCCAUUCAAUUCAUCUGGGCUAUUGUCCUUGGAGUCGGCCUUCUUUUCCUUCCUGAUUCACCUCGUUACUAUGUCAAGAAAGGCCGCGUUGACGAUGCAAUCUCCGCCCUCUGCAAGCUUCGUGGCCAGCCCCGUGACUCGCAGUAUAUCGAGGCUGAAAUUGCUGAAAUAGUCGCAAACGAGGAGUACGAAAGGAACGUUAUCCCCAAUGCUGGCUGGUUCGGAAGCUGGAAGAAUUGCUUUACCGGUAGUCUUUGGGUCCAGAAAUCCAACUUGCGUCGUACCAUUCUUGGUACUUCUCUUCAGAUGAUGCAACAGUGGACUGGUGUCAAUUUCAUCUUUUAUUUCUCCACUACUUUCCUACAGUCUACUGGUGCAAUUAGCAACACCUUCUUGACCUCGCUCAUCUUCACACUGGUCAAUGUGUUUUCCACCCCAGUUUCUUUCUAUACUGUGGAGAAAUUUGGUCGUCGUCCCCUUCUGAUCUUUGGUGCUCUUGGUAUGCUUAUUUGCCAGUUUAUUGUCGCCAUCGUUGGCAUCACCGUCGGAUUCAACAAGACACACUCCGAUGGUAAUGGUGGCACCAUCGCCAACAACAUUCCUGCUGUGAACGCACAGGUCGCUUUGAUUGCUAUUUACAUCUUUUUCUUCGCUUCUACUUGGGGACCGGGUGCUUGGAUCCUCAUUGGAGAAAUAUUCCCCAUUCCAAUCCGUUCACGUGGUGUUGCCUUGUCCACUGCAUCUAACUGGCUUUGGAAUACCAUUAUCGCUGUCAUCACUCCCUACAUGGUUGGAUCUGACCCCGGUGACGGUGACAUGAAAUCCUCCGUCUUCUUCGUUUGGGGUGGUCUUUGCACUGUUGCUAUGGUGUACUCGUACUUCCUUGUUCCCGAGACUAAGGGCCUGUCACUCGAGCAGGUAGACAAGAUGAUGGAGGAGACUACUCCUCGCACAUCGGCCAAGUGGCGCCCACACACCACUUUUGCCGAAGAGAAGGGUAUGGUUACUGCUGAGCAUGAGGAAGUUAAGCAGUCUGUCUAA